UACACAACGGAACAGAUUACAGAAACUUGAAUAACUCUUCCACAUUGUUAAUCCGAACACACAGAAAGAGCGAGAUAUCCAUUUUUGCAAUCGAAGCAGCCCAACCAUUAAUAUAAAUAAAAUCCCGCCGAGAAAACCUUUCUAGGGUUUCUCGUAAUUGGGCUUGUUAUGGCGUCCCAUACUCUCUCAGCUAUCGUAGUAGUUCCAUCUUCAACCUCACAAACUUCUUCCUGGAAUCACUACAGAGCUUCUUGUCCGCUCCUCUCAUGGCGUUUGAGUCGGUUUUACCUAUCUACCUCCUUCGUUGGUCGCCAGCUCUCGAUUCGGCCCUCCAAUUUGAUGCAUUUGGCUACGAAGCAUCGGCCCGCCAUUGCCACAGUGCUCUUCAGCCUCCCAACUGCGAAACCAGAGAAGACUCCUCAGGAGAAAUCCCCAAAUUGGUCAUCGAGGGCGAUAAGGUCGUUUGCCAUGGCGGAGUUAGAAGCGAGAAAGCUCAAGUAUCCGAAUACUGGUACAGAAGCACUUCUGAUGGGGAUUUUGGUCGAGGGAACAAGUAUAUCUGCAAAGUUUCUAAGAGAAAAUGAAAUCACACUUUUCAAGGUGCGAGAAGAAACUGUAAGUUUACUUGGAAAAUCUGAUAUGUACUAUUUCAGUCCCGAGCAUCCUCCAUUGACUGAACCAGCUCAGAGAGCCCUUGACUGGGCCGUUGAUCAGAAACUAAGUUCAGGUGAAGAAGGGGAAAUAACAGUAACUCAUCUGCUUCUAGGGAUUUGGUCAGAAAAAGAGUCAGCUGGUCACAAAAUAUUGGCAUCCCUAGGUUUUGAUGAUGAGAAAGCCAAAGAACUUGGCAAAUCUAUGGACAAGGAUUGUAUUUUAAGCUUUAAAUAGGAGAUCAUAUAUAACCUCUUAAUUCUUAAAACAUGGUUAGUUUCUUUUGUAAACUUCUCUUGACACAGUCUCCAAAGGCCAUUUCUUCCAAGUGCUAUAUUUGUUAAUGAUGAAGUUACUUAAAUGGGUA